UGUAGACUGUGGCUGAGUCACCUGACCAAGACCCUGGAGUUACAAUGGCGGCGCCCGUGCUGCGCCGGGGCUGCCGUGGAAGACUUUGGGCUUUAGCCUGCGUUGACGGCGGUUCUUGCCACGGAAGAGGGGCUCCGACUGGGUCCCCAUCCAACAGGAUUAGGGGACAGAGCUCAGUGGCUCAGCAGCCCCUCCACACGGCCCAGAAGCCGAGGAAAGGUGAACACAAUUGGGCUGCGGUGGUAGGUUUGGAAAUUCAUGCCCAGAUUUCCUCCAACUCUAAACUCUUCUCUGGAUCUCAAGUUCGCUUUUCAGCACCUCCAAAUUCUUUGGUUUCUUUUUUUGAUGCAUCUCUACCUGGAACUUUGCCGGUUCUCAACAGGAGGUGUGUAGAAGCGGCGGUGAUGACAGGCCUGGCUCUGAACUGCCACAUAAACAAGAAGUCCUUGUUUGACAGGAAGCACUACUUCUAUGCAGACCUCCCUGCAGGCUACCAGAUUACGCAGCAGAGGCUCCCAAUUGCUGUGAAUGGGAGCUUGACAUAUGGCGUCUCUGCAGGGAAGGAGCGGGGUCAGGUGAUCCCCAAGACGGUGAGGGUCAAGCAGAUCCAGUUGGAGCAAGACAGUGGCAAAAGCCUCCACGACGACCUAAGAUCUCAGACGCUCAUUGAUUUGAACAGGGCGGGAGUGGGCCUUCUGGAGGUGGUCCUGGAACCCGACUUGUCCUGUGGAGAAGAGGCGGCAACAGCUGUCAGGGAGCUGCAGCUGAUCCUUCAGACCCUGGGAACCAGCCAGGCGAACAUGGCAGAGGGCCAGUUGAGAGUGGAUGCCAAUAUAUCCGUGCAUCACCCUGGGGAGCCUUUGGGCGUUAGAACGGAAGUGAAGAAUCUCAACAGCAUCAGGUUCCUGGCCAAAGCCAUAGACUAUGAAAUUCAGAGGCAAAUCAAUGAACUUGAGAAUGGAGGUGAAAUUCUGAACGAAACGCGCUCAUUUCAUGAGAAGCUAGGGUGCACCGUGUCAAUGAGAGACAAAGAAGCAAAACAGGACUACAGGUUCAUGCCGGAACCUAACCUGCCUCCCCUCCUGCUCUACGACGCCACAUCUCUGCCCAUAGGUACAGACCCACGGCAAGUGAUCGACAUUGACCACAUCCGGGAGACGCUCCCGGAGCUCCCCAGCGUGACCCGAGAGAGGCUUGUCCAACAGUAUGGGAUGCUGCCAGAACACAGCUUCACUUUGCUGAAUGAAGUCGGCCUACUGGAGUUCUUCCAAAAUGUGAUAAAAGAAACUAGGGCAGAGCCAAAAAAGGUGACGAGUUGGGUCCUCAACAUUUUUCUGGGCUAUUUAAAGCAAGAGAACCUCGCUGUCAGUGAGAGUCCUGUCACACCCUCUGCGCUCGCUGAGCUUCUUGACCUGUUGGACAGCAGAACGAUUUCUUCAGCAGCAGCUAAACAGGUAUGUCCAUACUCCCUACAGUUUCUGACUGUGCCACUGUCCCAAGAAAUGUUUUCUGUGACACCCCAAUGCCAUCAUUGAGUGACUUUCAUCAUG